AUGGUUCAGCUGAAGGCGUACGACUGCAUCAUGUGUGUCGAGUUGAUGGACGUACUGGCGCCUUUUAGCAGCAUGCUCGUGAAUAAAUAUGGCCACCGAAAAAUCGUCAUCGUCGGCGGCGCCCUAGCUGCCGUCGGCAUGACGCUGAGCUACUUCGCUGUCGAUCUCUGGAUUCUAUUCAUUACCUAUGGUGUCAUCUUUGGUAGCGGGGCCGGUCUCCUUAUGGUUCCGUCCGUCUCCAUCCUGCCGUCCUACUUCGAGAAGAGGCUUUCGCUCGCCUUUGGCCUCGUUACGGUGGGCACGGGCCUCGGCUCGUUCUGCUUCCCCUACAUCGUGCAGCUACUGCUGGAUGAAUACGACUACCGCAAUCAGUUUCUCGUCUGCGGCGCCCUCACGUUCAACGUAAUUGCCGCUGGAUUGGUUUUCAGCCCGCUGCGACCCAGCAGCUCAGCGGCGGCGAGUGCCGACGCUGGCGAUGGCAACACACCGCGCAGCGACGAAAAAUCGCGAGACAAGACUGUAGCUGGCGGCGGCAGCGACGAGAAAUCGCGAGACAAGACUGUAGCUGGCGGCGGCGGCGACGAGAAAUCGCGAGACAAGACUGUAGCUGGCGGCGGCUAG